AUGACUCAGCGGGCCGCAAUCCUCCCCGAGAGCGUCAGAUCCAAGUCUGUUGACGGUGGCGAAAUUGCUGAUGUUCAGGGAGCAUUGGGAGAGAGUGGAAGGCAGCGUCUUCCGCCAGAAAGCUCUAAUCUCACACUCCAAGCAGCAGCAUAUGGAGGCAAUGAAAAGAUGGUUCUCGAACUCUUGGAUCGGGGCGCCGAUGUCAACGCUGGUGCCGAAAACAGUGGCAAUGUCCUCCAAGCCGCUUCGCAUAGAAGCCGUCGAAGGGCGGUGCAGAUACUGCUAGAACGAGGUGCGGAUGUUCAUGUCGAGGGUCGAACUUAUCGCAAUGCCCUCUACGCAGCAUCGUUUCUAGGCCAUGAUAAGGUCGUACAAGUGCUAGAGGAUAAAGGUGCUUAUGUGAAUUCUUUUGGAGGGGUGGAAGAGAACUGUACUGAGGGGCAAUAUGGUACUGCACUUCAAGCGGCAUCAUUUCGAGAUCAUGACAGGGCGGUGCAGAUGCUCUUGAACAAGGGUGCCGACAUGAAUUUACCAAGAAAACAUGGCAAUACAUUAUGUCUUGCAUCACGAGCCGGUCACGACAGAGUGGUUCAGAUGCUCGUCGAACGAGGUGCUAGGUGA